AUGCUCCACUCAAAGAUCCUCGUUCUCACCCUCAGCCUCCUAGCCACCGCAGUGGCAGGCGCCCCCUCCGACCCCCCAGCCCAGCUCCCCGAUGCCUGGAUCUCAUACGACAACCUCGGAAACCGCACCGACCUCGAGAUCAUCGACACCGCCGACGGCGACGCAAUGACCCGUCUCGGCCUCUCGCGCACCCCCAUCAAGGCCUGCGAGAACGACUACUCGGGCGCCAAAGACUGCAAGAAAGUCGACAAGGCCAAGAUCAUCGCACGCACCCUCGGCACCAUGAUCAAGGAGAAGUCCAAAGACCACGACUGCAGCUCUUUCACGGCGACACUUGAUAAGUUCGAGUUCGAGUACUACGCUACUGGUCGGCACUGCGAUACUACCGCCGAGCAGGGGACUAUUGCGGGCGCGAUCUAUCACUUCAUCCAUAGUGUGCUGGAUGAUAAUAUCUGUAAUGCUCAGUGCAUGAGACUUACCCAUGGUGGGACUUGGACUGGGUGGCUGUCGCUUGGACCGGCUGGGUCGCUGAAGAAAGCGAAGAUUCAGUGUGAUUCGGGAUUGGGGAGUGACUUUGAUACCUGCAAGUCUGGGGGGAAGAAUGAUAUCUGA